CUGGCUCAUUCCUGGGCUCUUGGCUCUGGGUCUUUGGUGCAUGUGUUUGAGCUCGGUAGAGACAUUUGACUGUCCCAACCCAAUGCUGCCUUCCCACAUAAAUGAGAUCUUUUCUGCCAGGCAACAUGGUUUUACCCUCACAUUCAAAAAAACCCUUUAUCCCUAAUGUGGAGCAGCUGAUCCUGGGGACCCCAUGCCAGAAUCACUGGGAGAUAGGCGAUGGCCAGAAUACCUUUCCUGUAGAGAAGCUCUGCCAUCUGCAGGAUCGCAAGGUGAACCUUCACAGAGCUGCCUGGGGCGAGUGUAUUGUUGCACCCAAGACUCUCAGCUUCCCUUACUGCCAGGGGACCUGCCUGGCCCUCAACAGUGAGCUCCGUCAUUCCAGCUUUGAGUGCUAUAAGAGGGGAGUACCUACCUGUCCCUGGCUCUUCCAGACCUGCCAUCCCACCAGGGUCAGACUCUUCUCCCUGAUGGUCCAGGAUGACGAACACAAGAUGAGUGUGCACUACGUGAACACUUCCUUGGUGGAGAAGUGUGGCUGCUCUUGAGAUACCCCAAAGCCUUCUACUGGCCUCAGGGCCAUCUAAGUCUCAGGACUCUAGUAGGGGGUGGGAUUAGUUUUCGUAGCAACUAGAGCUCUUUGAAGGGAGGUGGGAUUUAGUUUGUUUCUCAAAGCACAGCAAGAAGGAUGGCAUUAUGGCAGUAACCCCUCUUAGAUGCUUCUCUUUGAUGUGGGCAGGGGACCCCUAGUGCUGUUCUCAGUCACUCCUACUACUGGGAAGCUGGGCCCAUUGUGAUGUCUGACUGUUGCUGUCCUAGAUUGUGACUGGGCUGGGCUUAGUGCCACCUCUGGGGUCAUUUAGGUGGGGAAAGAGGAACUGGAAUUGGACGCAUGUCAGCUCUUGGGGUAGGGGUAAAAUUGUUACUGGUGUUAAGCUGGCUUCGGACUCUUCUGAGCUUUUCAGCUGCUAUCGUCCUUCUCUGUACAAUUGGCAUGGGACUGGUCCAGAACUGACCUCAGCAUGUACGUUCCUCCUCACCUAACACUCCUGGCCUCUUUAGAGUGAGCAAGGACUCUGUGCAAGAAAGCAUUCUGUCAUGGGCUAGUCGUG